AUGCCGCGACCAGCAACCGCUACCCGAUCGGCCGCCGCCGGAUCGAAUACGGCGGGCGAACAUCACUCUGUCAUUCGAAAAAUUGUCAUAAGUCCUAAAGCAUUCUUUGCCCUUGCCGUACUCAUCGCCGACGCGGUCUUGGUUUCUCUCGUCAUUGCAUAUGUUCCAUACACGGAGAUCGACUGGGAUGCUUAUAUGUCACAGGUUAAUGGGUUUCUUGGAGGAGAACGAGAUUAUAGCAAACUCGAAGGGGAUACGGGGCCAUUGGUAUAUCCAGCUGGGUUUCUUUAUAUUUACUCUGCUAUUCAGUAUGUUACUGGUGGCCAGGUUUUUCCAGCCCAGAUUUUGUUUGGUGUACUCUAUAUCGUGAAUCUUGGGAUGGUUAUGUUAAUUUAUCUGAAGACGGAUGUGGUUCCUUGGUGGACUCUUUGCUUGCUUGCUUUGUCCAAAAGGGUGCACUCGAUCUUUGUGCUUCGCUUGUUCAAUGACUGUUUUGCCACCACUCUUUUGCAUGCUGCGGUGAUUUCGUUUCUCUAUCAGAAGUGGCAUCUGGGUUUAGUUAUUUUCAGUGGAGCUGUCUCGGUGAAGAUGAAUGUUCUUCUGUAUGCACCUCCGUUAUUACUCCUCUUAAUAAAGGCUAUGAAUCCUUUUGGGGUUUUGUCUGCUGGUGUAGGUGCAGCUCUGAUGCAGAUUUUUGUCGGGUUGCCUUUCCUAUUAUCACAACCAAUUGAAUAUAUCGCAAGAGCCUUCAAUCUUGGUCGGGUGUUCAUCCAUUUUUGGUCUGUGAAUUUCAAAUUUGUUCCAGAACCAGUUUUCGUAUCUAGAGGAUUUGCGCUGUUUCUAUUGGCUGCUCACCUUAUUAUGCUUGCAUUGUUUGCUCACUUAAGAUGGUGCAGGCAUGAAGGGGGAUUGUUUUCUCUCCUGCACUCGAAACUCAGUCAGCUGAAGCUCAAGAUGUCUCAUCGAAGUGCCUUUUUUCUAAAAGUAAGCUCGAGAGUGCUCACAACAGAACAUAUAGUGACAACUAUGUUUGUCGGGAAUUUCAUCGGUAUUGUGUGCGCUCGGUCUUUGCAUUAUCAGUUCUACUCUUGGUAUUUUUAUACUCUGCCCUAUCUAUUGUGGCGAACUCCAUUUCCUACUUGGUUACGUUUAACACUUUUCGUUACAGUGGAAUUUUGUUGGAAUGUUUACCCGUCUAAUGUCUACUCUUCGACUAUUCUGCUCGGGGCCCACUUGCUUAUACUAUGUGGCUUGUGGAUAGCACCAACCGAAUACCCGUACGCUGACCGUACAAUCGAGAAAUCAGCAUAA